AUGGUUUCUCUCUCUUUCAGUCGGCUGAGACUCGCCAGAGAAGAGACGUCCGCUCUUCCUUUACCAUAUUCUCCCCCAACAGAGCAAUGGAGCAAAUCAACCAAGUUGCCUAGUGUGCACGAAAGACAAAUCAAGAGUAGCUUUUCUGAUCAACGGCUCUUACAUGAUGACCCGCCUUCCACGAUGCAGGAAACGACAUACGUUAAAUGGGGCGUUGCUUGGGGUGUUCCAGCAAUGAUGGUUGGGUUCACACUCGCUGGAGUUGCGAUCGCAAUUGGACACCAUGGAUACUAUAUGUCUCUUCAUGGUACGCCCGUAGGGAGUGCAGCUAGGCAGAAUUGGGCGCUUCGAUUUGGGACGGCUUUCUCGUUUCUGUCAAUUGCAUUGUUGCGAACCGCUUGUAAUGUGGCAUAUAAGCAGUAUAUUUGGACCUUGUUCAAGCGCAAGGCGUUCUCAAUCGCAGCCAUCGAUAGGCUUUUUCAAUUGACAAAUGAUCUAACAGCGUUUCGGUCUUUGGAACUAAUAAAACGCGCCUACUUAGCAGUUGCUCUAGCAGUGGUAGCCUGGUGUCUACCAUUUACUGCUAUAACACCACCAGCCACUCUUUCCGUUAGCUACGGGUUCAAGAAUGAGAGUGUGAUCACCUCAAUGCCUGCGAUAAAUUGGAAAUCAAGGAGUAUUGCCGAUGUCAUGACAUAUUAUUCCUUUCCCACUUAUUCGAGUCUUCAGAUGGCGUCUCGCGCGGCCAUGCAAAUGAAUGUACUUCCAAUAGCACCACCUGCCCAAAACGUGUCGUUUCACAGGCAAUUCUACGGCCCAUCAGUUCAGUGUGCUCCAGCAAAUGAAAGUCAGCUAGCAGCCUUUCAUACUUACAGGGAUUUGUUAUGGGACGACCCAGAUAACAUUGUUGCCGACCGAGCUUUUUUUGAGACAGGAAAGCUUAAAUGGCCAAACGCCACGGAUCCUGAAACCAAAAAGGUCUUUAUUGAUAUGCCCAACGCCUAUGCUCCGCUUAUGAAUGUGUUCUCGGCAUUCACCCCAACAGCAGGUGGGAGAGGCUGGAGUGGUUCAGCUUCAACCUCGGUGAACAUCACUCAACCUGAUACCUACAAUAACUGGUGGUCAGGGACACCGAGGGACAUAAACGUUACAAAAUGGUGGAAUCCAAACUAUUCUAGUUUUUCGAACAGUAUGAACGGCCUAUUCAAUGGCGUCCCAUAUACCCCCCAGCAAAUAUAUGCCCAAACCUCAGACCAAUCAAUUGUCUGUUCCAUGGGCAAUGCUUCCUUCAAUGUCGACUUUACCUUCGUCGAUGGGGUACAAACACAAUCAGAUUAUGUAAUUUCAGACUUUCAGACCUUUUGGGCACCACAAAGUGCGAUUCAUACAGCUACAUAUCUAACUACGGAUGGAGAAAAUAUCGACCCCGAACACUUCCGAGAAAUGCACUCCUACAUGGGUAUUUUUGUAGCUUUCACGGGCUUAUUGAAUGGUAACGUCACCACAAGUUUGUCUAACAUAGUUACUAUCCCCAACAUAUCCAAGCUCAAGCCGUCGGAUAUCUUGCAUUUUGAUGGUAAUGCUAUAGUUGCUUCUGGUACAAGCGAGAGCCUCAAGAAUGGUUUAAGUGCAUGUCCUGAGUAUGCACACGGCAAGUGGGAUGGCCUGGGAGCCAUCGGAAUCGGCCACGAAGGACCUGCAACUUGGGAUAAAUCCUUUAACCAAAACGUCGCCAAAACGGGCCCUGAUACAGUUAUCCCAACAGAGUUUUUCACCGCAAUCAAUAACACGCUGUUUAAGAAGCCAGGGUGGAUGUGUCGAAAUAACACACUUAUGAGAGCAAUCGAGGAUCUGGCGAAUAAUGUCACCAUCAGCAUGUUUUCCGACUCAUCAUUUCUGACCGAAAAUGCAACCGACAUCGAAGUCCACCACUUCAAAACCAUUAAUGUCUACCAAUACAACUCUAAAAAUCUGAUCAUCUCUUACUCCAUCGCCAUCUUCGUCACCCUCUUCGGCGUCCUCCUCGGGUUCUACUCGCUCGAUUUUAACGGUGUAGCUCAUUCCUCGAAUUUCUCCGCCAUCAUCGGUACGACUCGGAACCAAGAAUUAGACAAAUACGUGAAAGGGCAUAGUCUGGGCGUUUUCGGCGGGAGUAGAGGGCAGGGGAUUGGAAAGGGUGAUAAUUCAUAUCAGAUGGCACUUGAAGGGAGUGCGAGAUUGAGGUUUGGGGAGUUGGUGGCCGGAGAGGGGGCGAGGACGAGGAAAGGGAGUGGGAGUAGAAGUAGAAGUAGUAGUAUUUUUGAGGUUGGAACUGAGGAUGGCACGAGACAUAUUGGGUUUGGUUCGGUGGAGAAUGUUGCUAUGAUUAAGAAGGGUGGAAAAUAUGUAUAG